AUGGCUGGCCAACACAUCCUUCCUCAAGCUUUGUAUCAGAGCAAUAUGCUGAAAGCCAUGAAGAUUAGAGAGAGGACACCUGAAGAUCUGGUCAAACCCCCCAGUGGAAUAAUUCACCAUUUCAGGACUAUGCACAGAUAUACCAUAGAAAUGUUCAGAAUGUGCCAGUUUUGCCCUCAGUUUCGGGAAACACUUCAGAAGGCCCUGACUGACCAGGCCACCCAGGCUUCGCUGGAGCGCCAGAGGAAGCUCAACUGGUGCAUGGAAGUUCGGAGACUUGUCCCUUUGAAGACUAAUGGUGAUGGAAAUUGCCUCAUGCAUGCUGCUUCACAGUACAUGUGGGGUAUUGAAGAUAUUGACCUCGUCUUAAGAAAAACAUUGUUUAGUGCACUCAGGGAGAUGGACACACGGAACUUCAAGCUCCGCUGGCAGCGGGAGGCUAUUAAAUCCCAGGAGUUUGUAGAAACGGGACUCUGCUAUGACACCCGGAACUGGGAGGAGGAGUGGGAACGCCUCAUUGAAAUGACCUCCCCAGAAACAUCUGGGGCUCGAAACAGGCUUCCAUAUAAUGCACUGGAAGAAAUCCACAUCUUCAUCCUUGCUAACAUCCUCAGAAGGCCAGUCAUUGUCCUUGCAGAUAAAGUGGUGAGAAGCUUAGAGUCAGGCUCCAGUUUUGCUCCUCUGAACGUUGGUGGUAUUUACUUGCCUCUCCUUUGGCCAGCUGAAGAAUGUUACAGAUACCCAAUUGUGCUUGGCUACGACAACAUGCAUUUUACACCACUAGUGACUCUGAAGGAUAGUGGACCAGAAAUCCGGGCUGUCCCUCUGGUCACCAGUGAACGAGGCAGAUUUGAGGACUUGAGCGUGCACUUUCUGACAGACGUGGAGGAGAGGGAGAAAGAGCAGCUGCUAAAAGACUACUUGAUAGUGAUAGAAAUUCCAGUGCAAGGCUGGGAUCAUGGUACAACUCAUCUAAUUAAUGCUGCAAAGUUAGAUGAAGGCAACAUACCCAAAGAAAUCAACCUUGUGGAAGAUUACUUUCAACUGGUACAGCAUGAGUACAAGAAGUGGCAGGAGAACGCUGAACCUGCUAGGAGAGAGACCUGCUCCAGGAACAGGCAGGAACUGACUGUCUCCCAGCUGUCCCUCUUACAGGUGAAAUGUGAAACACCAAACUGCCCUUUCUACAUGUCUGUGAACACCCAGCCCUACUGCCAUGAGUGCUUUGAGCGGAGGUCCCAGGGAAGCAAAGGAAGGAAGCAGACCUCCAAAGCAGCACCUGAGAAACUGAAGGCAGCUGGGUUGGGCUCCUCCCGUGGGGAUGUUUGUGAACCUGGGGGAUGGACGUCUGAAGAGCCUGUAACAGGGCCUCGGUCUGCACCGCCAACUGCUCCGAGCCUUUUCCUGUACAGCGAGACCACGGCCAUGAAAUGCAAGACACCAGACUGCCCCUUUACAUUGAACGUGCAACACAAUGGGCUUUGUGAACGCUGCUACAACUCUAGACAGCUCGGUCCUUGCAACAAAUUGGAUGACCGGAGACGUUUAGACUAUGCCACGUGCAAGGUAUGCCGUCAGAAGGCCAACAGGACCUUCAAUGGCACAUGCAGCACUUGCUUCAAAAGGACUACAGAACACUCCUCAAAUGGCAGCCCUGCUUUCCUGUCCACGUGCCACCAAAGAUCAACGUCUGACCCGUCCCAGAUCUCGCAGAGCCUCCUCCAGCACUCCUGCCAUCAGGCUCCCAACAGCCGUGGCGAGGAGCCCCUGCCAGCAGUGCUGCCUCCCAAGGAGAAGAGGGGAGGUGACCUCUGCAGGAAACCUGGCUGCAAGUUUUUUGGGACUUCGCAGAAUGAGGGCUUUUGCACACUGUGUUUCUUUGAGUACAAGGAAAACCACGACAGCACUUUGCUACGCCACCAGAGGAGAUCUCAGAGGAAGCCCUUGGCAGCAGGUCAGCUGGGGACCUCCGCUGCCGCCUUCCGUAACACCGUGUCCUGCCAGCGGCGUGACUGCGGCACCCUGGGCAGCACGAUGCUCGAAGGGUACUGCCAGAACUGCUUCAUUAAAGCCCAGAACCAACGAUUUCAGGAAGCCAGGAGGACAGAAGAACAGCUGGUCAGACAGCCAGAAAGAACAGGACAGCAGAGAGAUUUGCAGCGAGGAGUGUUGAGUAGCCAGAAGAGACAGUGUGCUGUGGCUUCGUGUAGAAACAGCCUGGCCUGCAGAAGUGGUGACUUGUGCCCCGAGUGCCAGCGCCUCGAUCAGCUCAUGCCGUUGGGAAGUGCCAGGGACCUGGCUGCAGAAGAUCCCCCGAAACAGCGCUGCCGAGCCCCUGCUUGUGAUCACUAUGGCAAUGCCAAGUGCAACGGCUACUGCAAUGAAUGCUACCAGUUCAAACAGAUCUAUAGCUAG